CUUGGAGCCUGACGCCUUCUCUGGAGAGGCCACCCCAGUCAUAUCAGCCAGAUUAAUGAUAACUGACCCGAAAACAAAUUAACAGCGUGGACCCCAGCGGCAGAAAUGCUCCGUUUUCUCUGCUGUUGCUGCUUCUCAGGGGGAAACUCCGACGACGAGAGGCAGCCUCUCCUGCAGCCCAGACCAUCUGACCUGACCGAAGCUGAAUCAGCCAGGCUGACCCGGCCAGCACACAGCGAGACACAGAGCGUGAAGCGCAUUGGCAGGCUGGUGAUGAGGAGAGUGUGUGUGUCAGAGUUGGACAAGAGGUUUUCUGACAUGGCCGAGACCUUCAAUGAACAACAGGAACGCUAUGAGGGCAUGGUCCGACACAUCAGAAAUGUGCAACAGACUUACGACUGUAACCACAGUGAUACCCUGGCUUUAGCCGAAUGUGUGAGCAGGAUCAGAGAUGAGCACGAGGCCAAGUACAGGGUCUCCCUUAUGAUAAAGGGCUAUGAUUUCUCCCUCAAUGUCGUUCCUGUGGGAUCAACGGAGGAAAGGGAGGAGGAACCACUGCCUCCAGAUCUGCAGUUGGCUCGGGAUGAACUGAAGGGUACUAGUGAGAGUGCCAAGGCCACCAUCUCGAAGGGUACCAAACUUCAAGAGUUGAUAGGCUGGCUGCUCCGUAGCGGGGAUCAAAUGGCUGAGCAAGUGAAGGGGGCCGCAUCAACUUACCAGGAGUUUGGAAGACUAACUGAGAACCUGGAGGAGAACAUGAAGGAAGCAAGAAGGGCAAAGGAGUUGUCACUGGGAUACAAACAACAAGCUUGCGAAGUCCUCACUGAGGUUGCACAGAUAGCAGGAGCUCAUCUGUAGUUCAUGCACAUUUUAAAUACUUUAAUUGAGCCCAGCAGUUACAAUACAGGCAGGAUUCUAAUAUUUACAGAAGUCAUACACACUUUUUGACAACUAUGAGUGUAGGAAGGACUGCUAACCUAGUAACAGUCAGUUUGUGAAUGUGCGCAACUCUGCCAAAUAUUAGUAACCUACAUUUAUAUCCUUGCAUUUGCAGCAACAUUAGGAGUGUUAGAAAAGUACACAUGAACGUCAUGCAUGUAUUGAAAUGUACCGAGUAUACACUCUGCUUUGCAGGCCAUUACAGCUUAUUGUAUUACGUUUGCUGCAAGAACACCAAGACGUUAUUUUGCUAUUUUUCGCCUUUCGUUCACAUUUUAACGACUCACUCUAACACUUAAAAGACAGUACAGUAUGUUGCCUGUGUAAAGACUUUCAGUAUUUACUUUGAUGGGUGUGAUUUUCCUAGCUAACAUUAGGGGGCACUGCACACUCACUUUACUGUUUUAACAGUUCUUCAUAUCUUUCAGUUUUAGAAAGUUUUUCAGAAAUUGCACUGCAUAAAUAAAUAAAUUCUUUAAUCCCAGA